AAGUAAAUAAGCCUUUGGAAUCACAUUACAAGCCACCGUCGGAAUAAACACCUGAGGUCAUUGAUUCCUGCCCCGAUUAGCAUUUUGUACGGGAAACUUUCUAACAUUAUUAAUUCUACUUUAAAGACGUCUGAUACACUGGACCAUUCAGUUAGUGCUCCUCAACCUUGAGUCUUGAAUCCUCGGUCCAUUACGAUGGGGCUCAUAACCCCUGACUCCGGGGUCUGCAACCACUGCCGUCAAACGUUUCCGUAGCUUCCACUCCAGCCCUUCACAUACCCUCAAAUGGAAAUGAAAUGAUCCAGGAGGCUCUGUUCUUUUUGUUGACUCAGGGCAACUUUCUGUCUUUGUUUUUAUGCAUUAUUCCACCUGUUUUCAUGAGUUCUAGUGGAUUUCGAUUGAUACCCUUCGCAUCAUUUCUUUGGUUUGCUGUCCCAAGUCGUAUCUUAGGGGCCACCCAUAGGGCUGGGUAUAUAUUCAGCAGCUUGGUGAUCACCUAACAGGAUGAUGGUGAUCGCCCAGUAGGAGACAAUGUGACUGAAUCAGACAAACAGGAUAUGAGAAUUAAAAAUUGAUGGCCUUCUCUGUUUCUUGCUCUCCCCCAUCGUGUUGAAAGAGCCUGUUCUAGCAGUUUGACCUCACCAGAGGAAGAAAAGGCCUUUUCACCGCCCACUUUUUUCUCGACGUCUUCUUUAUUCAUCACAUAUUUGUAGGAAUAGAGCCGAUGCGAACUCAUGCAGAAAUCGCCCCCCUUGUCAUCUUUGCGUGUCCACUUCAAGAGGUAUUAGCGCUUCAAUUAAUUAGCUGUAUAAUGGAGAGAUGCUUUUCUCAGGAUUACCAGAUGUAGAUGAGAAGCUCUGAUCCCCAGUCUGUCAGCAAGCUAAUCCUGCUCUCACCAAUUAUGACCUCACCCCCCCCCACGGGAGCAUGGAGGUUGUAGUUUUAGUGGAUUAUUUAGCAUCCUCCAUGUGAGACACAAAGAGACUUUCACCUCAGAGACCACAAUAUUACAUCACGCCUCUGAGCCGCCGUCAUGGAACCAGUGCAUCGAUGCCAAUGACUAUGAGUGCUGGCUUUGCUUGUUCACGUGUGUGUAUUAGCGUCGUGUUUUUGUGUCCUUUUGCUACAGCAGGUGUUGUCAGUCCUCUGUGUUUUCCUCCAUAAUGAGUUUUUAGUCGGCACGCUAUUCUCUGAAGGAAACAUGUUGUGUCAGCGACAGGCUCAUUAUGAAACAAAAGGAUAUUAUACAUGCACUUGGAAACUUCCUUUGUGUUCUAAAAAGACGUAAAGCCGACUACGUGUCAAAGACAACGACAACAGUCUCAUGUGCGUGCACAAGUGCAAACGCCAUUCUUCCACCGCGUCUUUAUGUACAGUACAGUGAAGCUCAACAUUCAUAAACGUUGCACUCUGUGAGGUCCGGUUCUCUUCCGCUGCAGAAUUCUUCCUCUUCACCGCAUGUUUCCUGCUAACAGGUGUUGAUUUAUGUUGUUAAUUUAUCCUAAAUGCAAAUUCCCAUAAAACAGGCCUCGGUAGUGAUACUCUUUCCAAAGCUGAGGCAUGUAUAUAAAGAGCUGAACUAGCAAGUCGAACCCAGAAAACCUCUCAAUUAUACAGAGUAUUUUUAUUUAACGUUUGGACGUUCGGAUGUUGAAAACACAAAAGUCAAAUCACAGCGCUACUGGGAGAGAAACAAUGACACAUCACCAUUCUAUUUCAACAUCCAUAUAAUCAUGAUGAUGAAGUAAACAUAAGUAUGUCAGAAUUUCAUGGCUGUUUUGGGAAAAGUCCAAGUUCCUGCCAUUCUAACUCCAUGAAAUAUAAUGGCAGAUGCACAGCUUUAUUCUGUGCCCAGAAGAUGAUCUUUUCACUUGUGGCGCACCCACUAUCAUUCGAAUGAAUCCAAACGCUCUUUAUUGUCAUAAUACAUAGGUAUAACAGGAUUGAAAGAGCUUGAUGGCUUAUACAACAAAUCAGACAACAGUGGAAAACAUUUUGAAUUUCACAGUCAAUGAUGAUCAUGACCAUCGCAUUUAGCGUGACAUUUCUUUCGGUUUCUUAUCCAGUAUGGAUUGCCUGUCAGUUAAGAUAUCAGAAACGAAAUGAGGGGGUCGGGUUUAUAGCAGUUCAUAAAAAAGAAAGACACAGUCCCUUAACUCUGGAAGCUGAACAUUGUCAGCUUUUAUAUUGCUUGUAUAGAUUAUAGGUGAAAUAAAUCCCAUGCCUAAUAUGGAGAAGUGUGUUGGUAAAUCUUUGUGAAAGGUUGACAUUUGGGAGCUUACGGCAUGUUAUUUGAGAACUAGUCAUUCACCAGAGUCCUGUAACCUCUCUGCCCAGAAGUGCAUCAGUGUUAGUGCAAUAUCUAGACACAUGUUGCCCUCAUCACAUCAGCGACGCCUUGACUCUGUCAAACUUGCACCCUUUUGUCUCUCCUGGGAUGCUGUGUAUGUGUGAGAGUGAGCGACUGAGAACGAACGUGUUCCCACUCCUUUUCUCACCAGUGCAAAGAUCCUAAAGGCUUUUCUAUCUUUGGCCAUUUUUCUCGCUUCUUGUCCGCUUUCACCGAGCUCCUGAUCCAGCCGAGAUCUGUAUCUGUCGUGAUGUAUCUACUUCACAAUCUCAAGGCAUUUCUCUCAUUUAAGCGGUCCCACUUUAUUUGCUCACUUUGGGCACCGCCACUCCGAGAUUGCAUCCUGGUCUGGGCAUCUUUCUUUGACGUCCGACACCCUGCACAGUCUCCAAAAGGUUAAUAAGAUGGGGACCUGCGAGAAAUCAAUUAGUAUUGUAAACAUAGUACAGACUUAGUGUAGUUUUAGGUGCAUAAGAACAAGGUAUCCCUCAAGUAUUUUAUAUAAAGAUUAUACCAAAAUUGAUCUUGUCUUUAUUUAAUGCUAUAAAUAGGGACCAAAGAAAAGAAUAAACACUUACAAACUCCAGAAACCUUCAAUAAUUCAAUUUUAUUUUUACCUUUUGCAGGAGACACCCAGCAUGGAGACUAUUAGGGUAUUUUAUAUUGUUAAAUAAGUGUCCACUAGGGGCGCCCAGAUGCUGAGAAUGGCCAUCCAACCAUCAUUGCUGCCCAAAAGUGCUAAACUCAGUAAGUCGAUAGGUGAAUUUUAGCUGGUGUCGCAUCAUAAUGGUCGACUGUUUCAUCCAUCCAUCUGAGAGUGUAUGGCUACAAUAGUGGCAAUAGAACUAUGCAUUUGAAAUAUUUAAAAUAUUGCCAUGACUGUUGAAACCAGUCUGACACACUGUCUUCAUCUCAGUUUUAGAGACAUUCCAAAGGGAGCCCUCCUCCUCGCUCACUUCCACAUUGAUUUGUCUAAUUUACUUACCAGUCUCACUAAUUUCCUCACUUAACACAAGUGUGUCACUGCAAGUACUUGCUCCUGGCUGCUUCCUGCCCCCAAAAACAUCUGACUUGGUUCAUGUGUGCAAACAAUAAUUGCAGAGUGAACGUGUCUCCAUCCUUCCUGUCUGCGUGCUCCCUCGUUCCAGUUCUCUUAUCUCAUUCCCCUCCCACUCCCUCUCUCUCUCUCUCUCUCUACCUCCGCUCUCUCUCUCUCACACACACUCCGUCAAGCCGACAAACACACUCUGUGUCUCUGUUCUGCCUUGCGUAUCAUAGUAACCAUUUGUGCGUUCUGAGGAUAAGUGCGUCCACCUUCUUCUUCUUUUUUUUGGCUGUAUUUCUGCGGGACUGCCAAGCUGUGCACAUUUGGCUUUUGGUGGAGGUUGCGGGGGGGGGCAGACAGAGUUGAGUUGAUCGGAGGAAGAGGAGAGGGGAGAACUGCGCGGGCAGGAAGGAUGCGCUCGUUGCUGCAGCUUCUGAUUCAAUUAGCAUGAAUUUCACAGCAAAGGCAGCAGCAGCAGCAGUUGCGGCACCGUCAGAAUCCCUCAGCAAGCCAGGGGCAGAAGCCUACGUCGGAGCUCCACAGAGAGGACCGUCGGCAAACGCGUCUCCGCUCCCCGCUGUGCAAAUCAGUGUUUGAAGGGGCACUGAGGAAAAGGAGUCACACUCUGAACGGAAACAAACAAUCCGAGGCAGGACAAAGCUUGGAUGCAAGUCUGAGGAUUGCUGCGCUGAAGUGGACGUCACUCUUUCUGAUGCUGAGCUUUCAAUACUGGUGUAAUCCACUUGAGGUGUCUUGCUCUAUUUCAGAUAUAUUCCAAUCCAUCCCUGUUGCUCUGGGGAAUAGCCCUCAUCGCUUUCGUUCUUCUCUCCUCAACUGUUUGGCUGUUCCUUCUUCCCCUGCCCUGAUUUGAAGACACGACUCGUCGAAAUCUUCUUCAAUGGUUUGAAGCUCUGAAAAAGGAUUUAAAUAUCACCACUGCCUUCCCACUCGGGCUUUACUCCAUGGCAUAUACUAAUGACUCUUUAGGUGUUGGCUGGAGUCUUUCAUUCUCGAUGGCUUAUUCAGUUGUGCGGGCAGACACCCUGUGAAGAAUUCCCAAAGGGUACCGGAAGCCCGAAAAAAAAAAAUCAAGUUCUGAACGUGAGCCGUUUUUCAAGGAGGUCAGAUGGAGUCAUUUCUUUGUUAAGUUGGUGUUCUUAAGUGGUCGUCUAAGGACGAGCUGAAAUCUCCCUCUAAUGAGCCAGUGAGAGUGGAAGGCUCAAAAUAGAAUUUUGGAUAUCAACACAAGACUGAGCGAGGAUCUUUUGGAUCUUUCUUUUCACCGAGGAUUUUUUUUUUUUCUUUCUUUCCGAUCAUUUUUGGGAUCUUCAUUUUUUUUCUUCUUUUUUUGGCUUAUAUUUUCAGUUCCUUUCUUUCCAACAUUCCUCUUCUCCCGCACGUGAGAGCAGGGGAUCAUGGGCCCUGGAUUCAUUUGAGAUGUUCACCUCCUGUUUUUGUCGCUUGAGGGGGAGGGGCCUGCCCUCCAUAUCGAGCUCCGCCCUCAUGGAGCAGGAUGUGGAAGUGGAGGUGGACAGUGGGUUUCUGCUGACUCCCAGGCAAGCUGGGACAUCACCAGUGGUUUGGGCCAGCCCAGCCUUCUUGUUUAGGCUGGUCCUAUCCCUGGCGCUACUGGUGUUCCCGUGCCCUGCUGUUGCCGCACGGGUGUCUUCGUCCCUCAGCACCACCCACCACGUCCACCACUUCCACAAUAAACAUGGUACUGUGCCCAUUGCCAUCAACCGGAUGCCCUUCCUUACACGUGGGGGCCAUGCUGGGACAACGUACAUCUUCGGGAGAGGCGGAGCCCUCAUCACAUAUACCUGGCCACCCAAUGACCGGCCGAGCACACGGGCAGACCGGCUGGCAGUGGGCUUCAGCACACAGCUGAAGGAAGCUAUUCUGGUCAGAGUAGAAAGUGCCAAGGGACUGGGAGAUUACCUGGAGCUGCACAUAGAAAGGGGAAAGGUCGGCGUGAUUUUCAACGUGGGAACGGACGACAUCAUCAUCGAGGAGAGUGCGGUGAUGGUGAGCGACGGCAAAUACCAUGUGGUUCGAUUCACGCGCAGUGGGGGCAACGCCACGCUGCAGGUGGACAACCAGCCUGUCAUCGAACGUUUCCCAUCAGGGAACUUUGAUAAUGAGCGCCUGGCUAUUGCUAGACAAAGAAUCCCAUACCGACUCGGUCGGGUAGUUGACGAGUGGCUACUCGACAAAGGUCGCCAACUCACUAUAUUCAACAGCCAGGCGUUCAUCAAAAUCGGCGGUGGUGGAGAGAAGGGUCGCCAUUUCCAAGGCCAGAUCUCAGGCCUUUACUACAACGGCCUGCAGGUGCUGAAACUGGCAGCGGAGGGCGACCCUAAUGUCCAGACCCAGGGUAACCUGCGGCUGGUCGGCGACGUUCCCUCUGUGCUCACCACAGACACAACCUCCACCACCCCGCUGGCUGAUAUGUCCACCACAAUCAUGGAGACAACCACAACCAUGGCAACAACCACCACCCGCAAACAGCGCUCACCCACCAUGAGGGACAGUGUCACGCAGAAUGCGGACGACCUUUUAGUAGCAUCAGCUGAAUGUCCGAGCGAUGAUGAAGAUUUAGAGGAGUGUGAACCGGGAAAUGGAGGUGAAUUAGUGUUGCCCAUUAUUACUGUGGACUCCCUUGACCCCCCAUCAAUUGCCACCCGCUACCCAGUAAUCCCUUCGCCCCCAACUACGUAUCGCCCCUUCCUCACUUUGCUCGAAACCACCAAAGAGUCACUCCCCUUGCCCAACAUGCGACCUCCUUGUCCUUUGGACCAAGAAGACUGUGAGGAAACCAUUGAGGUGUCCGCCUAUGGCUCGGGGGAGAUGACCGAGUCGGAUGACGAGGAUUAUUACAAAAAUUCCCCCUUGGUCACUGACAGGACUGUCCUCCCUCCUCCCCCUGCAGUUGAGGGUGGCGUCCAAAACCCCCGUGACCGCCACUUCUCCCGUUUUCCCAAUUCCAACCGCCCACCUAUGUCCAGCACUCCCACCGCCAACCCUGACCAGCUCAACCCGCGUGUAAAAUCCGCAGUGGGCGGUAGCAGUAAUAACAUACCUGCCGGUAAAAUGAAUACCCGAGAUCAGGUGUUACUGCCGCCAACCCAUCCCUCAUCAGACCCAGGCCACCGCAGAGUUCCAGGAAUAACGUACCCUCCAAAUUUUCCCCAUGUUCCCACUCCAGACCCUACGUCUCCAGACAAAGGCCUACCAGGAGCCGUGGAGGUACAGCAGUCCAGCAGCACCACAGGAAUGGUGGUAGGAAUCGUAGCAGCUGCAGCCCUCUGCAUCCUCAUCCUCCUCUAUGCCAUGUACAAGUACCGCAACCGAGAUGAAGGUUCCUACCAAGUGGACCAGACUCGCAACUACAUCAGCAACUCUGCCACGCAGAGCAACGGCACCCUGGUGAAAGAGAAACAGCCCAGCACUGCCAAGACCGUCACCAAGAACAAGAAAAACAAAGACAAAGAGUACUACGUCUGAGGCAGAGUUGCCGUGACACCCAGAGAUGGACCGCAGACACACUAAGGGAGGAGACGAGGGAGAGGAAGAGAGCGGGAGGGAGUUGAGGUAGUUGUGGGAGACGGUACCUAUUACUAAGACAUGUUUCGAUCUCAGUAUUGUCAGGUGGCUUUAGGACCACAUCUGUAACAUCUUGUUCCUUACCCUGAUUUGACUUUGAGGCCACAGAUAUGAACACAAAUGUGCCAACAACCAAAUGCUGAGAACAACAGAGAUGCGUGUGGUCCAGUAUGACUCGUAGUCGAAUUUCUUAAAUACUGUAGGAAAACAGCGCCAUCAGUAUUUGUCUGUCCUUGAAACUGAAGUGAGCUUGUUGAGUGGACCAUCAUUCUUUAGAGGGUUUCGACUUGGCACCUCUCUGUAAAAGUCUCUGUAACAGCCAGCGUUUAGAAACUCAGUGUCAAAUCCACCAAGUGUUCAACCUAACUGACAUACUUCUCUCUCUUCUCUUCCUCUCACUGACUUGAAAACUCUCCUCUCUUUGUCUACGGUUCUCAGCAGUGAAUGCGACAUUAACUCUGCCGUGUUUCAAGCAUGUAGUAUUCAUUUAAAAAGAGAUACGAUUUUUCUUUUUGUGGAAUUUCUUAAAAAAAAAGAAAAAUAUUGAUCAUAAACGUAGCAACCGUGUGAGAUACCACCACUCCGAACUCUUUGAUGCUAACUCUAGCCGCCAAAAACUUGAGGCCAAAAAAAGAACCCUUGGUCGUCCUUUGUUCCAGCAGAUCUGUGUCAUGUGUUUCCAGGUCUGCUCGGUGCCUCCUAGUGUGCCGGCAGGAGACUGCGUUGAGUCUUUACUAACCACCUUAAAACAGAACAAACCUCCAGCAAACAGGAUGAACUCUACGAUUAUAAAUGUAUGUGUAGACGUUGCAGAAACCCACGGACCUACAUCGUGCGGCAUUUCGCUGACGCUUGAAAGCGAAAGGACUUUAGGAUUUUCAACGUCAGAGCAUCGGCUAAAUCCUGGAUCAACCCCUUCAUCAACAGCGUGGCCAAUGCCUCUGCCACUUUGUUUUUUUGUUUUUUAAUCCUUUUUCUUCAGAGAAACGAGGGACCUUUAAGGGGACAAUCCAAAUUCAUCUUGCUGGUGUGAUAUUCCUUGCAAUUCCUUUGUCUGGCCAGCCUGGACUGAUGGCAGCCAGCAGGCAAACUUCUAGGGAAGAGCAUAUUACUAAAGGUGAACAGGCGUUCCCUUUGGAAGAUGUACUGCAGAACUCAAGUAUACCGAUUUUCAAUUAAAAAAAGAAAAUGAACCAUGAAAAGAAAAAUCGAGAAAAAAGUUUGUGAAAUGUCUAAAUAUUUGACUCUCAUCCCAUUACUACGAGAAAUGUGUUUCCCAUUCCAUCGUUCCUGUUUGGAGAAAAAAAUGACUGAUUCUGGGAAAAUGAAAUUUCUAUCGCUUUGUUUGUUUCGGAAGAGGAGCAAAUAUGGCUUGGGAUAUAUAUGGAAGUACACAUUUUCCCUUUUCUUUCAUCAGCCGUAUGUCUAUAUUUUUGUAUUUCUUUUCCCUUUACGGCAGGUUUUAUGUCCGCAUACCAUGUGGCAGAAUCGCCAUCCAUUAUAUCUUUUUUUUUUUUUUUUAACUAUAUCUAUUUUCAUAUUAACGGCCAGAGACGGAAGAGGAAAUUGUUUCAUUUGCAGCAAAUUCAUUUCUGCUGCCAAGAGUUUGUCUAGUUUCUCUACCCGAUGCCAUCCAAACAUACUCCCCCCAGUAUCUUCCUGUUCUUUCUAAAUGUUAUUGUAAAGUGUUCCAGUGAGAUGACUCUAAAUAUGUGUACAUUAACAGAGGGAAUACAC